AUGGCUGAAAAUAUUGCUUCUGCUCAGCUGAGGCUUCUUGUUCAAAGCAUGGAAACGUAUUUAAAGCAAUUAGACUCAAAGGAUAUAUCAAACUUAGUAAAGCGAAACAGAGAUAUUGAAGGCAUUUAUGAAAGAACUUCUCAUAUAAUUAAAGCAUCAAAAAUAGCAAUCUCAAAUUCUGCCCAGGAAGUUUUACAUAAGUCAAAAGACAAUACAAUAUAA